CGGUAAGAUAAGAAAUACCAACGGCAAAUACAAAUGCAGGUGUGGAAGAUCUUACGCUACUGAUGGAAAUUUGUUGAUUCAAAAUCAUGGCAGACGACUAAUAACAACGAGGAUAUUCGAAUGUAUACGUUAGAUACAAUGGUGACGAUGAACAACAACAAUCAACCUAUGCAUCAUCAUCAUCAUCAUCCACAACAACAACAACAACAACAACAACAACAACAACAACAACAACAACAACAACAACAACAACAACAACAACAACUACUACAACAACAACAAUAUACUUAUCCUCAACAAUCUAAUAACGACAACAACGAUCAUCAUGGAAAUUUUCAUCAAUUAAUUCAAAGAGACGAUCAGAACAAUAAAGGCAACGAUAAUAAAUCGUUCGUUUGUGAAAUUUGUGGAAAAAGUUACGCCGUUGCUAGAUCAUUGUGGAGGCAUAGAAAAUUCGAAUGCCUUUAUUCGAAACCGAAAUUUGUAUGCGACUAUUGUCCUUACAGUAGUCCCUAUCAAUGGCGCAUAGUAAUUCACAGAAACAAACGUCACCUUCAUUACGUUCAUCAAACCGAAGACGCGUCCAUUUAAGUAUACAAAAUCUUAAAUGUUGAUUUUUUACUUGGUUUCCAUUUCCC